AUGGUUCCGACAGCCCCAACUGUUCCAGAAUUUUCAGGAAAUGAGAGCAUACAGGAGUGUAAAGAGUGCAUACUAGCAGAACUGAAUGUACCGGUAAACGUGCAAUGUUUUGUGAAGGGAGGAUCAGAGCCAGUAGAACUAUACAUGUUUAGGGAUGGGAACAUUAUCUCAAAUGUGAAUAAAUCCAUUACUAGCAAAGAUGGCGUUAAUGUCUACUACGCAAGGCACACAUUUUUACCUAGUACAAUGGACUUUGAUGUCGUGUUUACCUGCACUGUAAAGAAUCCAGCGCUUAGGAUCGAAUUAGUCAAGUCUGUAGCAUUAUACAUAAGAGCUGAUCCAGAAACUGUGAAAAUAAAGGUUAAACAAACGACAGAAAAUGAACCAAGUGAAAUACAGUGUAUAACAAAGAAAGGAAGACCUCCAAGAAAGUCAUCGAUAUUCAUCGAUAGUAUUGAAGAAGGCAAAACUGAGAAGGCAAGUCAAAUUGAGGCAGACCAUACAUACAUUUGA